AUGCGGUCAUGCACGGCUCCCAUUGCAGGACUCGUCGUGGCCGCCGUUUUGCUGUUGGGACAGGCGUCGCCAACGGCCGGUGAGCUAUGGGGCAGCCAAUCCAGAGCGCUCCUGGCGACCAAGGCGAAGCUGAACUCCAAGCGGUUGAGGUCUCUCGGGGUGCCUGAAGGUGCGGACAUCCUCUUUCAGCUCGCGUCGGAUUGCCCCCAGGACCUGGACUCCGUGGUGCUCGCCAGGAUGGGCCAGCAGUGCUUCAUCAUCAGCAACAUGCGCAAGUGCCUGAACAUCUCCCAAGACGCGCCGCAGUUCGUCUUCAAGGGGUGCACCAAGGCGGAUGGCUGUCCGUCGCAUUUCUUCGGCCCCGAGAAGACGGCUUGCAUACUGGAGGGACUCGGGAUCAGCGUGUUGGAGAACGGGGACUGCGAGGGCUGCAGGUGUGGCAUUCCACCUGGCAAUGACCACCUAUUUGUGGAAAAGGCGUCUACGAGCUCCAGACGCAUUGCAAAUGUGCCACACUCCAACUGCUUUAUUGCGCAGCCCAAAAAGUUCAACUUCACAGUUCAAACGGUGUGCACAAACGGCAGACCCACUUCGGUGAACAAGUGGACGUUCAAGUUCCCGAAGAAGGCCAAUGACAAGCCCUACGACUGUAUUAUUAGCCGCAGAUGCAUUGACGGACUUGUCGACGAGGUCACGCUGUGUUACCAGAAUGGAACUGCAAGCGUCGUACAGGAGCUGGACAGUCCGGAGGCGGACACGAGGGGUGCCGGUGGCUGCAAGUCCCCGGGUCUGAUUUCCUACUCGUUGCCUUUUCUAAUCAUUAUGGGGGCGUCAUUUUGCACGUUUUGA